AUGCAAUCAUCAUCAUCUAUAAUAAAUUCAUCAAUUAAUCAAAGUUAUGGUCUUUCACAAGAAGAGCGUACACGUAUUUAUCAAUUAUUAAAUGAAUUAGAUAAUGAUCAAUUACGUUUAAUUCUUACGAAACAUUUACGAGCGCCUUCAAUAUUAAAUGAACUACAACAUUAUGCACGUACACGACUUUUUCAAGAAUGUUUCACACUUAUUGAUAAUUGUUAUUCAAGUGAAUUAGAACAAACAUUACUGGCUGUAAGACAAAAACGUUUUCCACCAGACUUUUAUCAACAACAACAAACACAAUCAAAUUUUCGAACACCAUAUAAUCAAGAACAACCAGCUUAUUAUACACAUACAACAAUACAAUAUGGUGGACAACCGAACUAUCGCUUAUCAUCACCAGCAAUCAUACCACAACAUAUACGAGCAAGUAAAUAA